GCAGGCCACCCCCUCCAGUGGGGCUCCCGAGUCUAUCGGUUGUGUCGCACGGAAGACGCGUGAACCCGAGACCUUCCUGUUUCCCCCGGAGAACAGGGGCCCGGAGUUACUUGGAAUUACUGAUCAUCUGUCUUCUGAGCUCCCAGCCUGUUGGGCUGUGACGUCACGGACGUGGGGGGAGGGGGAGGGCCUGGGCCCGGGUCCCCUCGACCCUCCCCACACGGUCCCCGUCGGGGAAGAGAACUGCCCGCCUCCAGCACACCCUGCAGGAACGCGGACGCGGGUGUGGCCACAGGCUGGCGGACCCCGGACCAAAGCCGUCUGCACCCGGAGGGGCCCCAGCGCUGACCUCCCCCCUCUCCCCUCAUUGUAACAGUAAAUGUCACACCCGGGGUGGAGAUCACAGCCAGGGCCCCCCCGCCUCCGCGCGCUCUCUUCACCCCUCUCCCACCCACCUGUCCUGGGGUGAGCCCACCGUCCGGCCGGCCGCCUCCGGGAUGCGGGGCAGCAGCCCCAACUCAGGCGAGCCCGACGCUCCUGGUGGGCCGCGCGGGUCAGCUCCUGCUGCGGGGCGAGCCUAGGGCCCUGCUGGGCAGCAGGAGCGCGUCAGAACCUGAGGGUGUACCUGUGCUGUUGUUGCGUAGACGGGGAGCUCAGCCCCUACACGGAGGUAGGCGUGCAGAGGGUCAGUCCCAAAGCGCAGGUGAGCAAAUCCCUGGGGGGUCACAGAGGGAGGGCAGCUAGUUCACCGGCGGCAGAAACAGCAAGAAUCUCAGUGUGGGGAGUUCCAGCGUGUGGUCCCUCGUCUCUGACAAGCUUUCUUUGCUUAGGACAGCUCCUCUGGAAAUGUUUUUGGUAGCAUGCAAGUAAUUUUAGCAUUUAUUUUCUAACUAUUUCCAUGGUGUUUCCUGAGUUAGCAUGUAUCUGGCUGGCAUCGAGCUCGUCCCGUUCGGAGCGUUUCCUGCUUCCUCGCAGCUGGAAAGAACCUGGAGGGAAAUCUCUCAAGGAGAGUGUAACGGGCCCUGUGUGGGGGUGUCUCAGUGCAGCAGAUCAUGAAAUGAAGCCAAGCGCGGCUGGCGCUUUGACCCCAAGUUCCAGAGGAGCCCGUGGGGCUUGUGACCCUGAAGGUGAAGGAUGAACAUGUGUGGAAACAGAAUCCAGCAUCGGAAGGAAGGAACCUCAUUCAGGCAGUUUUGCUACCAAGAGGCGCCUGGACCCCGCGAGGCGCUGCGCCGGCUCCGCGAGCUGUGCCGCCAGUGGCUGAGCCCAGAAACACACACCAAGGAGCAGAUCCUGGAGCUGCUGGUGCUGGAGCAGUUCCUGAUCAUCCUGCCCGCGGAGCUCCAGGCCUGGGUGCGGGGACAGCACCCGGAGAGCGGGGAGCAGGCGGUGACCGUACUUGACGCAGUGCUUUUAAUGGCACAUAGUGGGACGAAUCCAUUAGAGACGGACACGACAGACACCACGAGGCUGACGUGGCCCCGAUGCCGUGGUGGCCGUGCAAAGCCGCCUCCUGGUUUCACCCCCGCAUUUUCAGAUGGCACAGCUCCUGGUGUUAGACUUCGGCUGCACGCCCCCCCCCCCCCCCCCCCCCCCGCAGCGGUGAAACUAAAGGUGGUCUGGACACACUCCAAACUCAUACACCACACGCAGCGUUGCUUAGAGCCCGUCGUCCUGUCACCCCUGCGAGCCUUUCCUGGGGUCCCCUACGGCCAGGCCCCGUGCUCCGCUGGCCUGGGGACAGAGAAGCAUGUGGACACGGACAAAUGGAGGAGGCUCCCGUACAUCAUUGUCCCCAGCUCGUUGGCACACUGA